AGAAUCAUAAGUUCAAGAGCUAAUAAGAUUCUGAUGGUAGUAGACGAAGAACCAACCGCUCUUCUCCCCCUAUAUAUGUGUGUGAGCUUCCCUCGCUGUCCACCACUCAUAUAAACAUAACAAUUACACACACAUAUACAGUUACACAUUUCACAAUUACACACACAUAUAUAUACACAUAUAUAUGAUUAUAUGUGUAUCACUCUCUCUCUCUCUCUCUCUCCAUAUAGUAAACAGAAACCGUUAAUUAAAAGAUCUUCAUUGUGGCAUUAUUAACCACAUCUCUCUCUAUCUAAAUUUUCUCUCUCUAAUUCACUCGCCCGUUUCAUUGAUGAGAGCUUCUGCACUCUUAUAAAUUCUGAAUCUCUUCGAUCUCUCUCCACACACCGCCGGUGGAUUGUUUCUCCGCCGAUUGAUCCAGGGAUAUGACUGCAGUGGGAAAUCGGCCGUUGUUUUGUUAUUCUUUGCAGGAUUUUGGUUCCGAUGACCUGCCGUCGCCGAAGCUAGGGUUUCUGAAGUUGUCGGUGCCGAAUUGUGACGGUAAAAGCUUGGGACUCCAUGGUGCUCUGCUCAGAUCCAGCGUUUUCUCGCCAAUUAAGGCAAUGAAGGACUCUAGAAUGCCGUAUGUCAACGGCAAAGUCGAUGUUGUCCAGGAUUUGCACUACACCGGCUUCAAUCCAAGCGAUGACAAACUCAAUAUUGAUUCUAAUGGUAAGAGCAUACGCAAGAUGUCCACAAUCAGAAAUUCAACGAACAUUGUCUGGCAUAAAUGUUCAGUUGAGAAAAUUGACAGACAGGAAUUACUUCAGCAAAAAGGUUGUGUCAUUUGGAUUACAGGUCUCAGUGGUUCAGGAAAAAGCACAUUGGCCUGUGCUUUAAGUCGGGGCUUGCAUGCCAGAGGAAAGCUGACCUACAUACUUGACGGUGACAAUGUUCGCCAUGGUCUGAAUAGUGAUCUUAGUUUCAAAGCAGAAGAUCGUGCAGAAAACAUAAGAAGGGUUGGGGAGGUAGCGAAGCUCUUUGCGGAUGCUGGAGUUAUUUGCAUUGCUAGCUUGAUAUCUCCAUACAGAACGGAACGAGAUGCUUGCCGUGCCUUACUGCCGGAAGGAGAUUUCAUUGAGGUGUUCAUGGAUGUGCCUCUCCGAGUAUGUGAAGCAAGGGACCCUAAGGGCUUAUACAAGCUUGCACGUGCUGGAAAGAUCAAAGGCUUUACGGGGAUUGAUGAUCCCUAUGAGACGCCAUUGAAUUCUGAGAUUGUAUUAGAACAAAAAGGAGAGGUAUGUACUGCACCAAGUGAGAUGGCUGAAACGGUGAUAUCGUACUUGGAGCAGAAAGGGUACCUGAAGGCCUGAUGUGCACAAAACCCACCUAUCUCUGGUGGUACAAAUAUCUAAAAUUACCUAUUGCCGAUGUUAGGUAGCAGUCAAAAAAAUUAUCUUCCACAGUGGAAUCUAAUAAGUGAGACUUCGAACAAGUGUUUACAUAACCGUCUUCGUUUCGAAGAAAUGAUUUAUAUGAGUAUUGACACAUCUGAGAUCGUCAAAUGUUUGAGAAUUUCUCUCUUAAGACUGGUACAUCAACAAAAUUUGCCGCUCUUUUUCUUGCUAGCCAACGGAAUCCCAAUUUCGUCGGAACAAUGAAAAGGUGGGGAUGAUAGAUAAGAAAACAUUUCUAGUGGGGACCAAAUUACCAACCUAUCUGAGACGAUUGUGGGCGUCACAUUCUACAGAAAUAAAUAUUGCUAUGUACCUUUUGUUUCAGUCCAACGGAGGCCAACACAUAUUGUAAAAAAAUUACUAUAAAGAUAGCAACAGAUUGUUAGGGUAUACUUAAUGAGAAGUACAAAUUUAAUACAUGUAUGGAUAGUGGAUUUGGAUUCCCAUUAUAGAAAGGGACAUUAUUGGUAAUGUA